GGCGGCUCGUGGCGGCCAGCGAGGCGGCGUCAAGGCGGAUGACAGCAUUCGGCUGCGACGCGCUCCCAGCUGGGCGGCGGUGGUAGCGGCAGCGGCAGCCCGAGCGGCAGAGGCGUUCGACUUGGCCGCUGCCGAGAGCCGCCGGCGGUAGGGGAGGAAACGGGGGGCCCGCCCUGGCCCGCGGGGCCGAGGGACCCGAGUUCCCGCGCCGCUCGGGGCCGAGCCCCCGCCGCAGCUAGACUGCGCCCUCCGCCGGGGCUGGCUCGCAGUUGCCGCCGGCCGCCGCCACCGAGAGAAGUUGGGGGGUCCCACCGGACACUAGGACCCCGGGCUCGGGGGUCACCGUGAUCCCGCGGAAGCCUGCUCCCGGCGAGCCGCCUCCUCAGGGGCUCCGCAUCGGGUUUCCAGACUUGUAGAAUGGCUAAACAUUAAUGGAAAGAGAAGCAUAAAUCUAUCUUCCAUUAUGGAGGCAGGUUUAGCCGAUGGAGAACCUGACAGGACUUCGAUCAUGUCAUAUUCAGAAGUUGCUGCAGUUGAAGAGACACUUCUUGGUGAUAGCAAAGAUGUCCUUGGGCCAUCAACUGUUGUAGCAAACAGUGAGGAACCUCAGCUUUUGACCCCAGGAAAGAUGAGUCAGCGCCAAGGGAAAGAGGCUUACCCAACACCAACUAAAGAUCUGCACCAGCCCUCUCUCAGUCCCGCAAGUCCUCACAGCCAGGGUUUUGAAAGAGGAAAAGAAGAUAUUUCUCAAAAUAAAGAUGAUUCUUCACUUUCAAUGUCAAAGAGCAAGUCUGAAUCUAAACUUUACAAUGGCUCAGAAAAGGACAGUUCCAGUUCGAGUAAACUCACCAAGAAGGAGUCUCUCAAGGUACAAAAGAAAAAUUACCGUGAAGAGAAGAAGAGAGCCACGAAGGAGUUGCUCAGCACCAUCACAGACCCUUCUGUCAUUGUCAUGGCCGACUGGCUGAAGAUUCGUGGUACCCUAAAGAGCUGGACCAAGUUAUGGUGUGUGUUGAAACCUGGGGUGCUUCUGAUCUAUAAAACACAGAAAAAUGGCCAGUGGGUUGGAACAGUCCUUCUGAAUGCUUGUGAGAUUAUUGAACGUCCAUCAAAAAAGGAUGGCUUCUGUUUCAAGCUAUUCCAUCCUCUGGAGCAGUCUAUUUGGGCAGUGAAGGGUCCAAAGGGUGAAGCAGUUGGAUCCAUAACUCAACCCUUACCCAGCAGUUACUUGAUUAUUCGAGCGACCUCAGAGUCAGAUGGAAGGUGCUGGAUGGAUGCCCUGGAGUUGGCUUUGAAAUGUUCUAGUCUUCUUAAACGCACAAUGAUCAGGGAAGGAAAGGAGCAUGACCUGAGCAUUUCAUCAGAUAACACACAUGUGACCCUGUACGGUUUACUGCGUGCGAACAAUCUCCACAGUGGCGACAACUUCCAGUUGAAUGAUAGUGAAAUUGAAAGGCAGCACUUUAAGGACCAAGACAUGUAUUCUGAUAAGUCCGACAAAGAAAAUGACCAAGAGCAUGAUGAAUCUGACAAUGAGGUGAUGGGGAAAAGUGAGGAAAGUGACACAGACACAUCAGAAAGGCAAGAUGACUCUUACAUUGAACCUGAGCCCGUUGAGCCUUUGAAGGAGACCACCUACAUGGAGCAGAGCCAUGAAGAGCUCGGCGAGGCAGGUGAGGCUUCUCAAACGGAAACUGUCUCUGAAGAAAACAAAAGCCUUAUCUGGACUCUGCUCAAACAAGUUCGUCCUGGCAUGGACCUGUCCAGGGUUGUUCUUCCUACGUUUAUUCUGGAGCCCCGGUCUUUCCUGGAUAAACUUUCAGAUUACUACUAUCAUGCAGAUUUCCUGUCUGAGGCUGCUCUCGAAGAAAAUCCGUAUUUCCGUUUGAAGAAAGUUGUAAAAUGGUAUUUGUCAGGGUUCUAUAAAAAGCCAAAGGGACUGAAGAAACCAUAUAAUCCUAUCCUUGGUGAGACUUUCCGUUGUUUAUGGAUUCAUCCCAGAACAAACAGCAAAACGUUCUAUAUUGCUGAGCAGGUGUCCCAUCACCCACCAAUAUCUGCCUUCUAUGUUAGUAACCGAAAAGAUGGAUUUUGCCUUAGUGGUAGCAUCCUGGCUAAGUCCAAGUUUUAUGGAAACUCACUGUCCGCGAUAUUAGAGGGAGAAGCACGGUUAACUUUCUUGAACAGAGGUGAAGAUUAUGUAAUGACAAUGCCGUAUGCUCAUUGUAAAGGAAUUCUUUAUGGUACAAUGACAUUGGAGCUUGGUGGGACUGUCAAUAUUACCUGCCAAAAGACUGGAUACAGUGCAGUACUUGAAUUUAAGCUAAAGCCAUUUCUAGGAAGUAGUGAUUAUGUUAAUCAAAUAUCAGGGAAACUUAAAUUGGGAAAAGAAGUCCUAGCUACUUUGGAAGGCCAUUGGGAUAGUGAAGUUUUCAUUAAUGACAAAAAGACUGAUAACUCAGAGAUUUUCUGGAAUCCAACACCUGACAUUAAACAGUGGAGAUUAAUAAGGCACACUGUGAAAUUUGAAGAACAGGAUGAUUUUGAAUCAGAGAAACUGUGGCAGCGAGUAACAAGAGCUAUAAAUGCCAAAGACCAAACAGAAGCUACUCAAGAAAAGUAUGUUUUAGAAGAAGCUCAAAGACAAGCUGCCAGAGAUCGGAAAACAAAAAAUGAAGAGUGGGCUUGUAAGUUAUUUGAACUUGAUCCACUGACAGGAGAAUGGCAUUAUAAGUUUUCAGAUACCCGACCAUGGGACCCACUUAAUGAUAUGAUACAAUUUGAAAAAGAUGGUGUUAUCCAGACCAAAGUGAAACAUCGCACUCCAAUGGUUAGUGUUCCAAAAAUGAAGCAUAAACCAACAAGACAACAGAAGAAGGUGGCAAAGGGCUAUUCCUCCCCAGAGCCCGACAUCCAGGACUCAUCUGGAAGUGAAGCUCAAUCUGUAAAGCCGAGUGCACGAAGAAAGAAGGGAAUAGACCUGGGAGACAUUCAGAGUUCCAUUGAGUCUAUAAAACAAACACAGGAAGAAAUUAAAAGAAAUAUUAUGGCUCUUCGAAAUCACUUACUUUCAAGUGCACCUGCUACGGAUUAUUUUCUGCAACAGAAAGACUACUUCGUCAUUUUCCUUCUGAUUUUGCUUCAAGUAAUAAUAAACUUUAUGUUUAAAUAGAAGUUCUCAACAGUUGACUCCGUGAACUGGAAAGAUGAGCCCGGGACCAGUUCCGAUUGGUUUGCUCUUCAGUAAAGCACCACCACAUUUGUAAGCCAGACGGACAACUAGGAUGUAGAAGUGUCUGCCUCCUGUUCACGUCUUUUAUCCUUCACCCAAAACAAGAGCUGUUCUAUUUGAUCAUUAAAAUUGGCUUUGUGUUAAGUGCCAGAACACUUUUGUGAGACUGUGCCUACAUGUGCGUAUAAGCCCACAUGUGUACACAAGAACUCUUCCCUGACAGUAGUGUCUGUGCUCUGCAGUAUGUUAUGACAUACUCUGAUACCAUUGUUCAUGACAAAAUGCCAUCAUCUUAUAAAUAUGUAUAGUCAACUGUUUUCUUCAGGAGACUGGCAUACAACUUUAAUUAAGGAAUUACAGUGGGAAAUGAUAGAUAUAUAAUAGACAUACUAUGACUAAUUCAGUACAUUAUACUGUUAAAACCAUCUCCAAGGUAUCUAGCUCAGUUGUCUUAGAAACACCAAGAAAAGUGUGAGUGGUAAGAAUUAAUAUAUCGUGAGAAACAAGUAGAAUGUUUUAAAGAGUUUACACAAGAUUUUCUAACCCCUAGAACUUAAUGUUGCAGAUAUAGGUGUAUCGUACUUAUAUAUAUACACACACAUACAUAUAUAUAUCAAUAUUAAAGAUUGAUAUGUAGCUACAUGGAUCUGUAUGUUACAAUCCCACCUUGAGCACUGGCUGACAAGUGGUCAAGUUUAUUUGCCAUCCUUUCCUGGUUUUAAGUCAGCUGGCCUAGGAUGUCUUCCAGACAUUAGUGUUUGUAGGGUAUGUGAAAUCCUGAUAACUUAGCAUUUUCUUUAUGAAAAACAUUUUGGCAUUCAUUUCGACACUAGAGUGCUCAAUGAGAAAAUAGAAGAAAAAAAAUUCUGAUAUUUUACUUCUGAAGCCAAAAAAAAAAAAAAAGGCAGUAAGAAAAGACACUGCAGUGGCCUUUAUUUUAAAAACAUUAAAAUCAAUUAGCUUACAUGUGCAAUAAGUUGAGCAUUUGAGAAUAUCAAGUUAUGAAGUUUAUCAUCUCCUAUCAUCGUCCCGUGGCAAGCUAGUUCUGUACGAGUCCUUUUGUUCCUGCUCAGACAAGUUUGUUCCUAAAGGUUUUUGCCUGUUUCUUCAGUUCAAUAUUUUGACUUUUUAUUAUUGUCAAAAACAGUUCUUUAAAAGGUAAUUAAGUUUUGGAACAUGUCAUGAAAUUUAGAUUUCUCCAAACUACAGAUUUCAGAAAGGUUUAUACAGUGAGAAACUGAGAGCGAGCUGUUGGCAUGGCUCCACCUGCCGUCAGCUAAGGAGAGGCUGAGGUGCAGUCAGCUCUGUGUAAUGGAUACACAGCCAGAGAUGGCCGCCACAGUGCUGAGACCACAGGGAGCUACCUUCAGUACCAG